AUUGCCGGGAAAGGGACAGUCGAUGCUCUCGAGAUGGCGCUCGCACAGCAUCCAGCACACGAUGUGAAUGCAGCGGAUGCCAACGGGUGGACCCCACUCCACCAUGCGGCGCAGAACGCGUCCGAGGACGGUCCCGACAUGCUCGGGCAACUACUCAUGUGCGACGCGAUCGAUGUGGAUGCGGUCUCCAAUACAAAGAGGACUCCGCUGCACAUUGCCGCGGCUGCCGGGUGCCUUCCUAGCGUCCGCCUUCUCUUGCAAUUCGGUGCCAACGUCAACGCACGCGACGACCGCGGCUGUACGCCACUGCAUAGUGCUGCGCUCCAUGGUGCUCUCGACGUCGUCCGGUGUUUCGCCAACGACGUCGAUGGCUGCGAUGUUGCCGCCGUCUGCAAGCGAAAGCAAAAUGCUCUCCACAUCGCUGCCAAGGCGGGGCAGAUUCCUAUCGUGCGCUACUUGGGUGCCUGGGACUGUGACGCCCAGCGCAUGCGGCGCGCGCUCGACACGCAAGGCCGGACACCGCUCAUGAUCGCCCGCGAUGCCAAGACGAAGAAGGCCAUGGAAGACAGCGGCUGGAUCGCCUCGAGCGACGGUCGACUGGACGCAGUGCAGCUCUGGCUUGCGAACGAGCCGGCAGCGUUGGACCUUGUGACACCUCGUUGUGGGCGCAACGCGCUUCACCUUGCGGUCGAUGGGUUUCUUCGCCGCUGCAAGGCCAAGGACGUCAGCGAGUCCCAGCGCCGGUUGAUCGAGAGACGCUACGUGCGCGUCCUGCACGCGCUCUGCAACGCUCCGAUGCAGCCCAGCCACUUGGCCGACGACUUUGGCGUGACACCGCUCAUGCUCGCCGCGAUCUCGGGCAGCGUCGCGCUCGCUACCGUUCUCGUCGAGCAUCCUCAGCACGACGAGAACGCUCAGGAUAUGGCUGGCAACUCGGCGCUGCAUUACGCCUACGCGUUUACCAAAGCGCCCAUGGCUCGCUUCCUAGAGUCGCGCAUGGAAGCCCUUGCGCGACGAGAGAACCACGAUGGCCACAUGCCCUUGGACGUGUCGGGCUUCCGCUUCGACAUCCUUCCGUCGCUUCAGUCAUUUAGCCCGCCGUCGCCCAAGAAAUCGGUAGCUCGAGCGGACGCCAAAGACGCGGGCGAGGGCAAGGACGACGCUGCGGAUGACAAGGGCAGUGGGUCGGCCUGA